GAAAGUGGAUGAUAAAGUUGUGCAAACUUUGAUUGUUCCUCAAGUUGGAAUGUCUUUCGAAUCAAAGGAUAAAGCAUAUGAGAUGUACAACACCUAUGCCGGGAAGGUUGGAUUCAGUAUUAGAAAGAGUAAUGUAAAGCGCCGAUCUAAUGGAACUAUAUAUCAAAAGCAUAUGGUUUGCAAUAAGCAGGGACAGCAAGAAACUAGCUCAUCACUGGACACUACCAGGACAUGUUGCAAGGCUCGUGUUCAGUUUAGUGUUUGUCGAAAGGAAAUUUGGAUGGUGCAAAAAGUUGUACUUGAACACAACCAUGAUCUUGUCAGUCCAAAUAAGUCGCACAAGCUGAGGUCCCAACGACGUGUUAUAGAAGCGGAUAGGCAACUAAUUGGCCAGAUAAGGGAAGCCGGAAUGAAGCCAGCCCAAGUGUAUGGCUUUAUGAAGGAGUGGUAUGGUGGAGCUGACAAAGUGCCAUUCUCAAAGAUGGAUUGCAAUAAUGAGAUUGGUCGUGAACGCAAGAAGUACUUAGAAUCCAAUGACACACAAACACUACUGGAAUACUUGAGGAAUAAGCAGUUAGAGGAUCCUACAUUUUUUUAUGCCAUUCAAGUAGACAAAGAAGAUGGCCGAAUAGCUAAUUUCUUUUGGGCAGAUGGUCAAUCUAUCAUGGAUUAUGCAUGCUUUGGUGAUUUUGUAUCAUUUGACACCACAUUUGACACCAAUAAGUGUGAAAUGCCUUUUGCUCCACUCCUUGGAACCAACCAUCACAAGCAAACAAUAAUUUUUGGGGCUGCAUUGUUAUUUAACCAAACUAUUGAAUCAUUUGUUUGGCUCUUUGAAACCUUUCUAACAGCUAUGUCAGGCAAGCAUCCAAGCACAAUUUUCACUGAUCAAGAUGCAGCCAUGGCAGCAGCAAUUGCUUUUGUAUUUCGAAAUACAAGCCAUCGUCUUUGUUUGUGGCACAUUUAUCUUAAUGGUGGUAAAAAUCUCAGCCAUGUAAUUCAUAAGCAUCCUAACAAGUUUCUAGCUGAUUUUAAGAGAUGUGUCUAUGAAGACAGAUCAGAGUAUUACUUCAACAAGAUGUGGCAUGAAUUGUUGAGUGAAUACAAUCUUGAGGAUAACAAAUGGAUAUCAAACCUAUAUAAGUUAAGGGAGAAGUGGGCUAUUGUCUUCCGUAACUCUUUUACAGCUGACAUAACCUCGACUCAAAGGAGCGAAGGUAUGAAUAAUGUCUACAAGAAAAGAUUUCGUAGGAAACUCGGUCUUUCGGAACUCCUUGUAGAAUGUGAUAAGGUUUCAGCUACUCUCCGUGAAAAUGAAUUGGAUGCAGAUUUUAAGUCCCGACACUCGAACCCGGUUACUUACAUUCCAAAUUUACCUAUGUUAAAGAUUGCAGCUGAAUCAUAUACUAGGAGCAUGUAUUCAGAGUUGGAGGAUGAGUUUAAACAACAAUUUACAUUAUCAUGUAAAUUGUUAAAAACUGAGGGAGCAACCUUGACAUUUGUGGUUAUGCCUAUGGAAUAUGAUCACGAAGCGACUGUUGUAUUCAACCCUACAGAGAUGACCAUCACAUGUUCUUGCAGAAAGUAUGAAUGCAUUGGUACGUAUACAUAAUUUAAAUUACAAUAUGAUUUCGAGUACAAAUUUUUGAAAAAUUGCACAUGUAUGUUAUAGGCUUAUUGUGCAAGCAUGCCCUCAGAGUCUUCAAUAUGAAUAAAGUUUUCACUUUACCAUCUCAUUAUAUACUCAAUAGAUGGACAAAAUAUGCAAAGAGUGGAUUUUACAUUCAGAAACAAGGAAGUGAGAAGGAAACUUUGAAAGCACAUGCUGCACGUAUCUCUCGACAUGCGACAUCCGUUGAGUUGAAGUGUUCAGUGUCGAAAGAACUUCUUGAUGAUUUGGAGCAAGCCAUAAAUAAGUUGGACUUGGAAGCAGACAAUUCUUUAAGCAAGAUGCAAGAAAAAUCCUGUGAGGUUCCUCUAAAUUCAAAUGGUUGUGUCAAGGACACAUUAAAUGGUACUAUAUCGUUUUUAGUUCCUCGGGUGGUGAAAGGCCCAAAAAGUCGACGAUCAAAAGAUGUAGUUGAAAAGAAGAAAUGGCAGAAGAAAUGUGUUGAUCCUACCCAUUGUAGCAUGUUAUUUCCUGUUCUCUUAAUCUUGUUUGUUUUCAUCCUCUUAUAUGCUACAUCCAUGUGACCUAUAGUUGAAGAUCCAAAUAAUGCGUCAGAAAAUAGAGAUGAAGAUGCUGGUGAUGUGUAUGGGCAAUCUUCAACCAUGGAUGCAAAUGAUAUGUAUGGGCAAUCUUCAACCAUGGUUGCAAAUGAUGUAUAUGGUGAAUCUUCGACCAUGCCUACUCCUUUGAUCCAAGGCGGAUAUACAAAUCUUUUAUUUGAAGUCCAACAAGAUUGCACAUUUUCCUCGUCUGCUAGAAAGUUACAUUUUCCAAUGAAUAGUAGGCCUUUUCAGAAUGGAUUUGGGUGUGUGCAUUAAUCUGUACUCAUUUACUUCUUUUACUGUGUUGAACUCGAUUUUAUUUC